CUACUAAAUUACAAAACAUAGUGGCAGCGUUAAAGUUGAUUGUUGUGAAGAGUAAGGUUCAGUUGUGGAAUUGAAAUAUUAUGCUGUGCCCCUCACAAUCAAAAGCGAGUUUCAGUAUGAAUGCGAGGUUACGAACAUGGGAAUAAUAUAUUAUUCCAUAGCAUGAUUUUGAAGUAUUUCUAGCAAUGUCCUCGUUGUUCAAUGAGAUUAUGACGGGGGAGAAUAUCGUCAUCAAAACUGAAGUAGAAGAAAAUAUUACUCGCAUAACUGUCGUACCUUUCGUUUGUGACUUGUGUAAAAAAGCUUUCACUCAGUUAGUCCACCUCGAGCAGCACUUGAAAACCCACAAGGAAGAUAUCGAUUCGGAAAAGGACGAUUAUGACGAGGCAUCUUCAAAUUUCGAAGAAUCAGGACCUCGGUUAGAUGAUGGGCCAUUUGAAUGUGAUGUUUGUUGCCAAGGUUUCCAAAAUCAAGAUUUCUUAGCUGAGCAUUACUUGGUACAUUCUGUCGAAGAUCCAUAUCCAUGUGAUGUUUGUGGAAAGAAGUUUAAAAAUAAAUCGCAUUUGAAGCAACAUUACGUGCGACAUACGGGUCUAAAGCCGUAUGUGUGUAAAGUUUGUGGUAAAGGCUUCAAAAAGAAAAAUUAUUUGCAAGUGCAUUACCUGUUACACACAGGUCAGCAGCCAUAUGCCUGUUCGGUAUGUAAUAAGCGUUUUCUGACGAGACUUAAUCUUCAGCAGCAUUUUACUCUGCAUACUGGUGAAAAGCCUUAUAUAUGUGAUAUUUGUCAGAGAUGUUUUCGGAAGAAAAACACGUUGAAUCAGCACCAGCGCACACAUACGACAGCGAAACCCCACAUUUGUGACACUUGUAAUAAAGGUUUUAAAACAAAAGGAGACUUAACGCAGCAUUAUUUGGUGCAUAACGGUGAAAAAUGCCACAUCUGUGAAACAUGUCAAAAAGGUUUUAAAACUAAAGGCGAACUGCAUAAGCAUUCUGUAGUGCAUGCAACAAAUAAAGUGUUAUACACGUGUGAUAUAUGCGAUAAAGGAUUUACUACUAGGGCGUAUUUAAAGCAGCAUCGUGCGCUACAUACUGGAGAAAGACCGUACGUGUGUGAGUAUUGCAAUAAAUCAUUUCCAUUGAAAACACAUCUGCAGAAACAUUGUCUCACUCAUGGAAGUGAACGACCUCACACAUGCUGCGUGUGCCGAAAAGGUUUCAAAACAAAAGGUACAUUACACCAACACUAUGCUAUCCAUUCUGGGCAGAAGCCAUACAUUUGCGAAUACUGUAAGAAAGGUUUUGCUCUGAAAAGUCAUUUGAAGCGCCAUUGGCAAACUCACCUUUCCGAUCAAGCAUAUUCAAGUGAUGUUGCCCUAAGACAUGAACAGAAUACUACAAGUAAUGAAGAAUCCAGCAAUUCGGCUGGUGACUGGGUCGGUUUCACUGUCGAGGUAGCUUCUGUAUAAAAUUGCUCAAGAUUUGGUUCCUGUUCUAUGUAAGUCUCUGAAUGAAAUUUUUGCUUUCCUGGGAAGUUGCAGAAAAAUUGGAAGCUUUUCCCAAAAAUGAGAGAUGUUUAAAAAAAUAAGUAAAAUAUGAAGAUUAGUUCUUAGUAAUAUGCAGUAAACAAAAAUUGCCCCUUUUUAAAAAAACAAAAUAAGUUACGGUCAUUUUCAUUGCUCUAAAUAUUAUUUACUCUUAGACAAAUAAUAUUUGUACUAUCUCUUUCUGGAAGAUUAAUUGCCUUUUAAAAAUGAGUGCUGUAGUUAAGAAGCCAAUAUUUUUGGUUCAUUAUAAUAAAAAAUUAUACACAUUUUUAA